AUGGCUUCAGCACGGCGCGCUGCGCUCAAGCCGCUGCACUUCUUGGAGUCACGUGAUCCCGCGCUCCAGAAAGAAGGCGCUCUCCGGGUGCUAGAAAUUGGCGCGGGUGCAGGAGCCAACUUUGAGCACAUCACAAGAAAGAUUAAGUACACCAAUGUGGAUCCCAAUCCAGAGUUCUGCGGUGUCUUCUUCAGAGAGCUCAAGCGCUACCCAAAGAUUGAAUUGGAACGCUUCGUUGAGUGCCACGGGGAAAACAUGAACGAGCUUGAAGAUGAAGAAUUCGAUGUGGUUUUGUUCACGUAUCUCCUGUGCUCAGUUCAAGAUGGGAGGAAAGUCCUCGAGGAAGCAAAACGAGUACUCGUUAAGGGAGGCCAGCUGAUUUUCUUGGAGCAUGUCGCUCAUCCAGAACGGACAUGGCCAAGGCUCUUUCAAAGCCUUAUAACUCCGCUAUGGAAGAUCAUUGGUGCGAACUGUCAUCUUGACAGGCACUCCGCUAAGCUAAUAGAAAAUGCUGGAUUUUCUCAAGUCACCACUAAUUAUAUUUAUGUUGACAUGUGCAGUAUAUUGAGUUAUCAAGUUUAUGGUGUCGCUAUUCCGUAACACAUCAGAAUAGACAUAAUUGAUAACCUGUACAGGUCAAGAACAAGCGUCACCUAAACUCUCUGUGGUAAACAGGGAAACCGGUUGUGGUUUCGAAACCGGGAUCAAACAAUCUACUUGCUGCUUGAGAUGAACUGUUUUAUAUGACAAACUACUUGAGAUGAAAAACACGCAAUUUUAAUGCAUGCGCUCAACUAACAAUUGAAAGCGCUCUCUUUAUUUAUUGUUUCUAAUGCACCUACCAAUGGGCCCUUAAAUUCAUAGAUUGAUGAAGUGAUAAUAAACGGCUUGCCUAACGAAA